CAUAAAUUAUAAUAAAAAUUAUAAAAAAUAGUAUAAUUUUAUUCAAUACUGUAAUCAAAUAAAAAACACUUCAAUUGGUCAUCGACCGGCGUUCUCGUUGGCGAUCACAGGAGGACACCGCAGGAUCGCAGGGAGCAGGUAUUACCUGGAAUGACAUAUCCUAAGGAAAUAUGGACUUUGCGGAUACAGAUUAAAUUGGAGGUAAUCAAAUUAAUGUUUGUUUCAAAGUCACAUAUCUACCUUUAUCAACUCUGAUAAAGUUCCUAAGUAAGGUAGCAGCCAAAUCAUCAGUCCUAUUAAUCAUAUGUGAGGUUAUUCAGAUAAAUAUCAAGUUAUAUGUAGAACAAAUAAAUUUACCUAAAAUGGUAGUGUUUAGCAGGAAGAUUACUUUUCAAUUCCAAAAUGUUAACUAAAAAAGUAGCAAAGUAUGCGUGAAAUGUAUUUAAACAACCAUCCUUUUUUGACUGGUUGUCUUUAGCUUUAAUUUCUUUUUAAUAAUGCAUGCUCCUUCCCCCCAGGGCUGAGAAGUCAUCUGCAGGUGAAGCCAGUAUAAAUAACCAAGGUAGCAGUUCCAGAAGGUGGCUGAGGAUGACUAUAUUGCAUGUCAUUACAAAUCCAGCAAAGAUUUAGCUGGUCAGACCUUGCUGGGAGGUAGGGGGAGGGCAUACAGUUUUUAUGUUGCCUCCAAUGGGGCCCCGUUUUCACCUUUCUCCUUUUACGUGAAUCUGCCUCUGCCUACAGGGAUGAUGCCCAGUGAUACCCUUGCCUUGACUGGAUGAGAGAAACAAGAAAAGAAAUACCCUGAUCUUUUUAUUGUGCGGGCAGAUGUCUCUCAGACUCUCAAGAUGGCAGAGACUGACCUGUCCCCACUACGGGCUCAGACUGCACAGUACUCUGCCUUCUUUUGUGUGAGCGAUACUGAAGAGGAAAGGAUGGUGGCUGGAUUUCCAGCCACCUGGCUCCAGGGACCAGUGACCUUUAAAGAUGUGGCUGUGGAGUUCACGCAGGAAGAGUGGGUGAUGCUGGACUCUGCUCAGAGAAGUGUGUACAGAGACGUGAUGCUGGAGAACUACGUGAAUCUUACCUCAGUGGAACGUCAGUUAUGCAAGCCUCGUGGUUUCUCCCUGCUGGGUCAAGAAAAGAUGAUAACUAGGCAAAGAAUUCCUCAGGGCACCUAUGCAGACUGGGAGACUCAAAUUGAAACCAAAGAAUCAACACCUAUGCACAGUAUUUUUUGGGAAGAAGCAUCCGAUGGAGUUAAAGUGGUAAGAAUUAUGAUGGGUGAGUGGCCUCCCACAUUAGGAGAAGAGUGGGGAGGCCGUAAGAUCAGAAAACAGCACAAGAUCUCAGAGGGUAAUUUGAGGCAAGUCACAUUUACCCAGAAGAAAACAGUGUGUCAGGAGAGAUUCUGUGACUGUUGUGAAUUAGAGGAAAACUCUAAACUUAGAUCAAAACUUAGUUUUUCAAAGAGAGUUUCUACCAGGAAACACUGCCAUAAAUAUUCCUUAUCUGUUGGGUGUUUGAAGCAUAACUCAAUCCUAAACAAUUACGAGGAAAACUCUGUAAGUGAGAAGCUCUGUGGAAGUUGUGAAUAUGGUAGAGCUCUGUGGCAUCUUGAAAGCACUCAAACAGCACAGAAAGAGCAUGCGUGCUCCAAACAUGAUGUAAAACAUAGUGUACUCCCUCUACGGAACCACCUACACACGGUGGGAAAUUCCUAUGACUGUAACAAGAACAAAACCCUUUGUCAUUGUUCAUCCCUUAAGCGACAGCAGCAGCCUCCUGCUGGAGAGAAACAGGAGUGGACUCAGUCCGGGAAAGCCUUCAGAAGGGUUUCUGAUCUCACUUUGCACCAGAGAAGUCACCUGGGUGAGAAACAGUAUGCAUGUCGGGAGUGUGGAAAAGUCUUCAGUGACUCCUCAACCCUGAGGAGACACAUGCGAACUCACACUGGAGAGAAGCCCUAUGAGUGUCCUCAGGGUAGAAGAGCCUUCAGUCAGAAAACAUCUCUUAAGGCUCACGUGAGAACUCACACUGGAGAGAAACCCUACAAGUGUCCUCAGUGUGGAAAGUCUUUUGGCACCAGUUCCUACCUUAUAGUGCACAAGAGAACGCACACUGGAGAGAAACUCUACGAGUGCAGUGAUUGUGGGAAAGCCUUUAAUACAAGCUCUCACCUUAAAGUUCACAAGAAAAUACACACUGGAGAAAAUCUAUACGAAUGCAGCGACUGUGGGAAAGUUUUUAGUGGCCUCUCAUCCCUUAGAAUGCAUGUGCGAACUCACACUGGAGAGAAACCCUACAAGUGCAAGGAAUGUAGGAAAACCUUCAGUGUUUCCUCUUCCCUGAGAAGACACGUGCGAACUCACACUGGAGAGAAGCCCUAUGAGUGUCCUCAGUGUGGAAGAGCCUUCAGUCAGAGUUCUUCACUUACUAUACACAAGAGAACUCAUACUGCGCGAGAAUCCCUGUGUCUUCAGUGUGGAAUCACCGUCUUUGUUGUCUUCAGGUGGACCACAAGCUCAUUUUUUCAGUCUCCUCUAAAAUAAGCAUUGAAGGCUAAAAAUAGUCCUCUAAAUGCUCCUCUAGCUACAUAACACAUAUUGGUCUUAGUUUAUUUUAAUUCUAAAUGUCUAAUAUCUAUUAUGACUUUUUAAAUCCAUAGCUAUUCAGAAUGAAGUAUUUGUAACAUGUGAG